AUGACAAAAGGACAGCAAGAGUCACUUAGAGUAGUGAUAGUCGGCGGUUCCAUUGCCGGCCUCACUCUUGCCCACUCUCCUCUUAGGGCUCACAUUGAUCUCGUCUUGCUGGAAUCGAACGCCGAAAUUGCACCACAAGUCGGGGCCUCAAUCGGAAUUCUACCAAAUGGAGCUCGGAUUCUCGAUCAACUGGGCGUGUGGGACGAUGUUCAUGAGAAAGUUGAAGCUCUACAUGGCUCGUUUACAUGGGCCCAGGAUGGGAAGCUCAUUGUGAAGGGUAAGAUCCCGGAGCUUCUGCACAAGAGGUAA